CUACUACCACUCCUUCUCUUCUUUUUCUUCUUCUUCUGUGCCCUCCAAUUGGAUUAUGCGACUAUACUUUUUUUUCUUCUAUCAUCUUGUUUUCUAUCCUUGCUAUAUUGAAAUCCGUCAUCUACUGAAUAACUGCGGAGUUGAAAAGAAGAGGAUGGGAUGGCUUUGAGAGACCCUUUUUUUUAUCUUUUUGUAUUUCUUUUCUUUUUUUCUUUUUUUUAUGACAGUGAACAUGUCUUCUAUACGAUCACUCAUUCCAAAGAUACCUACACAAGCUACAUGGAACAAGAAAUUUCGAUCCAAAGGAUCUCUCAAAGCACCACGUUGUACACUAAAUGAUUUGAAAGUAGCAGAAAAUGGAUUUGAAAUGUUACGACAACAAUCCAAAUGGACAAACUCAGAUAUACUUAACAUGACAGUGGUGGAGAUCAAUCCAGGUCUUGGCGCAUGGACAUCUGCUCUUUUUCAUGGUGGAUUUAAAAAGAUAUAUGCUCUUGAACCCAACCUGCGAUAUUUUGAUCAUAUUCAGGAUUUGUCUGAUAAAAGUAAUGGAGUUUUGGUACCUUUGAAGAAAGAUGGAUAUGAUUGGCAAACAUAUGUGGAAUUGAGGGAUGAUGCAUAUCUUGGAAAGCUGAUGACUACAGAUUGGAGUACAGUCAAUCCCAACAUUCUAUUUACUGGCACUUUACCAAAAUCAUCACUCGGGGAACAAUUGCUGGCUCAAUUCGCUACCUGUAUUGUGAACAAAAUGGCAUUACACUCUAUGGGUAGAAUUCAAAUGGCUUUAUGGAUGCCUGAUCAAUUAUUACAUAAAUUCAUUUCUCCUCCCGGUUCUACAGGAAGAUGCAAAAUGAGUGUAGUUACUGAAGCUUGUGCUGAUAUCGAUGUGAUUUGCUCCACUGAACCAACCUCUAUAUAUCCUUAUAAUGUUUAUCACUUAGUAAAUAUUGUUCCUAUCCCUGAAAAGAAGACCAAAGCCGAAUGGGAUGUUUUUGAAUAUGUUCUAAAACAUAUCUUUGUUAUGCAACGACAACCACUUAGUAAGAUGGUCAGGUAAGGAUAAAGGCAAUGAUCAUUAACAAAACUCUUGAAAUCUCAACUUUUUUUUUCUUCUUUUUUGGUAGAACAUUGGGUCCAGGGGCUGAUAUUAUUUUGGGUCGUUUAUCUUUUGAUACUGAUAUUCAAGUGGGUGAUAUGACUGCAGAACAAAUAGAUGAAGUGGCUAUCAAGUUUGAUCAAUGGCCAUUACGACCUAGAGUUCUUUUUGAAGAUUCUCAAACUGUUAUUUAGAUUUUAAUUAGACCUUUUUUUUUCGAAUAAAAGAACCCAUCUUUUUGAACUUCGACA